AUGGAGCCAUUAGCGAUUAAAGAAUUUGAAAAUAUAAAAGGCAAAACAAUUUUACCUUGUGGUCUGAUGAUUGAUCAAGAUUUUUCAUGGUUUAACGAAGAUAAUGGUUUAGUAGAAAUUAAGUGUCCUUAUUCAGCGAAAGAUUAUACAAAUAUUAAUGACGCUAUAAUAGAAAAAAAGAUAAACUUUCUUCGAUUAAAUUUAAAUAAAGAACCCGAAUUAAAAAAAACGCAUGAUUACUAUUAUCAGAUACAAGGGCAGCUGCAUAUUAGUAAAAAAAAAUAUUGUGAUUUUAUAGUGUAUUCUAGUAAUUGGUUACACGUAGAAACUAUUUAUUAUAAUAAUGAAUUUUGGAUAAAUGUCAUGCAACCUAAAUUAACAAAGUUUUACUUAAAUUGCUUGUUACCAGAAAUCGUGAUACCUCAGUAUGGUAAACGACUAUUAGUUGAAGAUAUCAAAGACCCUAAAGAAAUGAAGACAUAAGAUCUAAUCUUAUAUACCUAGCUAGUAGCUACCUAUGCGACUAUGCUCUGUCCAGCGAGAGAACUAUAUUUAUAUA